CUGUUCAUGUUGCUUUGACGCAUCUCGAACUCGAUCACCAUAAAACACAGAUACAAGCAGAAAGAGCAGUCAGUGGGUGCACAACACUUCGACCUCAACUAGCUCAAUAAUAACCUGGUUCACGAUGUUGGUUGAACUAGCGAUUCUGACGAUCAUGACCGCCCUGGGUCCCUUCGGUGCUCUGUGCGAAAAUCCGCGGGUCAACAUCAACGGUCUCGGUGCCGUGGUCGGAGAGACCGUACAUUUCAAGCGUGAGACCUAUCCUGUCCUGGACACCUUCGUAGAUGUCUACCGGGGAAUCCCCUUCGCUGAGCCACCAGAGCGCUUCGCCAAACCCCAGCCUAAGAAGCCAUGGUCUGGUGACCUGGACGCGACGGUGUUCGGAUCCAUAUGCCCGCAGCUGGAUUCCACCCUGAUCGGCGUCAUUGGCGCAGAGGACUGCCUUUAUAUGAACAUCUGGGUGCCUAACCAGGCGAGCAAUGCUGCCGUAAUGCUGUUCAUCCACGGUGGGGCGUUCCUGGUGGGCUCUGGUUCCAUGGAGGGUAUCAGUGGGCUUCCCCUGGCCGCCUAUCAUGACGUUAUCGUGGUCAAUUUCAACUACCGACUCGGACCGUUCGGAUUCCUCAGCACUGGGGACGACAAUUUUCCAGGUAACAUCGGAAUGUGGGAUCAGCUUGAAGCACUCAAAUGGGUCAAGGAACACAUCGCUGACUUUGGAGGAGACAGCAGCAGGAUCACAAUCUUCGGACAGAGUGCUGGUGGCGCAUCGGUCAGCCUCAUGACUCUCGCCAAGCAAUCUUGGGGUUACUACGACAGGGCUAUCAUGGAGAGUGGAAUAGCAACAGCACCGUGGGCAUUAAUGGCCACAGCCAAGGCCCGAGAGGACGCCUUAAAUCUCGGUAAGGCUGCGCUCUGCUGGUUGCCAGGGAGCUCGGGGAGUAGUUCCCGACUUUUAUCUUGCCUCAAGAGGAAAUCCAUGGUCAAUAUCAUGAAGGCCGCGUCUUGGGUGUUGCGUUUCAGGCUUGUUAACUUGGAAAAAGCAAACGAGAUCCCAUUCGUACCUACCAUCGACGGGGAGUUUCUGACCAAAGAUCCGGCCGAGCUCUUGCGACUAGGUGAUUUCAAGAACAGCGACGUCCUGCUGGGCACCGAGCGGGACGAUGGCACGCUGAUAUCCAUGAUGGCCGUCCUAUCUGACUCCUUGAGACACUUGCAUCUCCCCCCGAAACACCCCGUAAUCGACAAGGAGAAGUUUGACGAACUGCUCAACAUUUAUGUCUACAUCGAGCACGACCAAGAGAUGUUGGACUUGAUCAGCGCGAACUACACGACCGCGGACCAAUCCAACUACUUGAAGCCGUUGUAUCACACCGCUAAUGAUGAGGGCUUCGCCUGCCCCACCGAUACCGUCGUGAAAGCCUUCGCUGCGGCCAACCCCAACACCUACCAGUACCAGAUGACUCAUGUGUCCUCCUUCCAUUUGCAAAACCAAACCUGGCCCGACACCGUGCAACACGGGGACGAGCUUGGCUACGUCUUUGGUAGCACCUUCAAUCCAGACCUAAAACCACCCCUUCAGUUGACGGAGGAAGAGGUAGACAUGUCGGUGGAUGUGAUGCGAUACUGGACCAACUUUGCCAAAACCGGUAAUCCCAACGACAAUGAGACACCUGUUGCCAAGACUUGGCAUAAGUUCAACACGCAGACCAUGUACUACAAGGACCUGUCCCCGCCAAUGGUUGACAAGCAGUAUCUUCUGCAAGACAAAUGUUAUCUCUGGAAUGUUGAACUCCCCGAUAUGGUACCAAGCAUUGUAUACCAGCCGAGCAGCGAGGAGAAUGAGCCAUUGUCUGACAUCCCCUGCCAAGUGAUCGACCGCAACUAUGACGGAAUAGUGCGCCGCAUAUCGGAUCGUCUCAACAGAGGUUCGUAAAUAUCCUGCACAUGAGUCGGCUAAAGCGAUUGGCUAUCUUUGGUAUCGUUUGGGUUUUAUUUAAUCAGCUUAGAUUUUCAUUUCUUUUACAGAUUUUGUUGGUUCUUUCUGAUGAUAGGGCCUAAUGAUUUAGUAUGGGAAUACGUUUUUCUUUGUUUCAUCAUCUAAAGCCUUAUUAGAAUUAACAAAAGAAAUAAAGUUGACCGUCAAGCAACUACAAGAGCUUAAUUUGUCAAUUUAUUUAACUGCUAUACAUUUUUUGGGAUAAAUAGCUAUACGAUUACCCCUUUAUUACAAGGGACUCUAUUUUGGAGAAAAAAAACAGUAGAAUGCAAACACAGCAUAAUCCCAAUCCGGGGGCCUAAUGGACAAGUUCUGUUCUUUAUUGCUUACAAUUUUGUUUUACAGGUACACUUCUUCUAUGUGUAAUACUUAUACAAUUAUUCUCAAAUUAUCAAAAGAGUUUUUCAAAUAUGCAAGUAUACCUUACUUUACGGUACACUCUUUGUAGUGUUGUUUAAGGUGCAGUACAGUGACUAGAUUGGUUCCCAGUCCCUUCAUUGUCCUUAGGAUAAAACGCCCACCUGAAUUACAACGAAGAUUUAUUCUAAUAGAUAAUUUCAUUUCUUAAAGUUCUUUUUUCCCAAGUUAACGGAUGUUACAUCAAUUAAAAUCAUGAAAUCUAAAUCUUCUUCGUAACUGUUCGUAACUGUUUAGAUUAUACCUGUUUAAACAUUUGGCUGUUUCGUAACAGUAAUUGUGAAAGCUGACAGGUCAUUCGUUAACAGAAUCCACUUUUUUGAUUGAUGUCGUUUUACUAUACCAUCCAUCUUUGCUCACGUCGUUAAGAUCGUUGAAUCGAUGUUUAGUGUACUGAUUGGAAUCAAAGGCUAAUAAUGUUUACCACGUGACCUUUUAUUUAAAAAAAUCGGUAAGGGUAGAUUUUGUUUCUAUCGAAUGGUUUGAACAAUCGUUCAGCGCUUGAUGAUUUCCGUUAUUUUCGUUUACUACUGGUGUUGUGAUUCUCUCUGUGAAGUUGUUUCACAUUGCAACUCACCAGGACACACAUUAAAUCAACCGAUGGGAUCUCAAUGAUGGGUAGAGAGGGAAACGGCAGAACAAAAGAACAUUAUAGACUGGACUGCAUAUUCAAUAGGCCUCAAUAGGGAUCGUGGCUUUUUGUCACACUAUUCACCAUUGAUGACUGAUUCAUGAUGUUUACCACACUCUGUGUUUAGUGUACAGUAUGAUGCCCCUCUUCAUUGCAUCUGAUGAAGCAGUUGUAAGUACGAAAGCUCACGCACAUUUUAUUCUCUAGUUAGUCAUUGAUGACUAGUGAUCGACUUUUAUUCAACUCAUCUCCGUGAGCCUUACAAGAUGAUUCACUAAAAAUGCCACGAAGGCCAAAUUAAUCCUUUCCUUUUACAGAGUAUAUUUGACACAAUUCUCUAAUUCCAAUAAGUGCAUGUCGAAUUGGGACAAUAUUUCAUUUAUUUUGAUCAUUUUGGUGAAGGUUAUUAAAACAUGAUAUUCACUCGA